CUAUCUCUGCCUCGUGGGUACAACGUGUGUUGCAAAUGCUGGUUUACAGGAUUUUAAACAGGAUUAAUGUUCUGUCUGGAUCUAAGUUAGCAUAUCAAGUAUUUAAUUUUAAACGAUCUCUAUCAUUACUGCAAAAUAUUCCAAACAAAAUGUCAUAUUCUGUAGUUGAACGUGGUUCUAUUAAUUCACUGGAUUAUAGGCUUUAUUUUUUAAAAGAUGAAUCUCCAAUUUCACCUUUUCAUGACAUUCCACUUUAUGUCGAUAAUGCGAAUAAAACUGUCAAUAUGAUUGUUGAAAUACCACGUUGGACAAAUGCCAAAAUGGAAAUUAAUGUUAAGGAAACUUUAAAUCCAAUAAAGCAAGAUGUAAAAAAGGGCAAAUUAAGAUUCGUGGCGAAUUGCUUUCCUCAUCAUGGAUAUAUUUGGAAUUAUGGUGCUCUACCGCAAACGUGGGAGAAUCCAGAAGUUCUUGAUAAAGCUACAGGAUGUAAAGGCGAUAAUGAUCCAAUUGAUGUUUUGGAGAUCGGUUACAGGGUUGCUAAGAAAGGCGAAGUUCUGCAAGUUAAAGUUCUAGGUUGCCUGGCUCUUAUAGAUGAAGGUGAAACUGAUUGGAAAAUUAUUGUUAUUGAUGUAAAAGAUCCAAUAGCCGACCAAUUAAAUGAUGUGAGCGAUAUUGAAAAGCAUUUUCCAGGCUUGAUGAAAGCUACUGUUGAAUGGUUUAAAAUUUAUAAAAUCCCUGACGGAAAACCCGAAAACCAAUUUGCUUUUAAUGGCGAAGCUAAACCAAGAGAUUUUGCUUUGAAUAUAAUUGAAGAAGUAAAUCAACAUUGGCAAAAUCUUGUCAAUAACAAAACACCAUCUGGAGGCAUUGAGUGUUCUAACGUAACAGUAGAAGAAAGUCCAUUCAAAAUCAGUCCAGAAUCAGCAAAGGAAAUUUUGCAAAAAGUACCAGAAUUGAAUGAAUCUCCUCAACCACUUGAUGCUAUAAUUGACAAAUGGCACUAUGAACAUUUAAAGUAAACCACCAGAAUUAUGUUUCGUAAACACCAUUGUGACUACAAAAAUUGUUCGAAUUCAUGUUGUAAUGCACAUCAAAAUAUUUUUUUAAACGUUCCUUUAUAUGUAUGUGACAAAUAGAAUUUCACUUGUAAGAAAAUAUUGAGGUAAAAUUAAAUUUUCUUCUAAAAUUUUCCAACUA